CCCUAGCUGGACCGUGAGAGAAAGAGAAAGUUGGAUUUCGCCGGCCUGAGAAUAGGAAAUCCUAGUCCCACGACGGCACGAUGCAUCUCCAUGAAAUUCAGACUCCGUGAUCAGCAAAAACCGAUGGACCUAAUUGCGAGAUUCUCUAAUCUACUCCGCCAUACUGAUAGGUUCCUUGCAAAAUUUGUCAAGCCAUGUCCAGUGAGUGUAGAUCACGACUUAAUGAAGUCUUUUUUGGAAGACUAUACAGCUCAUGGCAUGACUUUACCGAGUUUGCGAGGGGGGGUUAUGGUAAAGUAUAUAAACUUAUAAUAUCUGAAGAGAAUCCUUUGGGUUUACCUCAUGGGAUUUAUGCGUUGAAAACGAAUUUGGACAAUAAAGGACAUGGGGAAAUAUUGAAUGAAGUUAGUAAUCUGAGGGUAUUAAAAUACCCUAACAUCAUAAGAUUGUUUGCAUCCUCUUACGAUCCUUACAGUGCGUAUCUCAUCAUGCCCUUUCACAGAGUUCAACUCCAGCAACUUGUUGAUGAAAGUAGAUUGAAUUGGAGGCAGACAUUAGUGAUUCUAAAGUCCAUGACGUAUGUGUUUCAUUGCAUCUCAUCACAUGAUGAUCGACUCCGAACGGUUCAUGGUGAUUUCAAACAUAAUAAUGUGUUGGUUGAUGAGGUAAAAAGAGGCUCGUAGUUCUAUAUAAUUUAAUUAAUUGUUUAUGUCAUU